AUGACUGGAAUAUUUACCUACCGUAACUUUUCUCUGGAAGAUGUGCCGGAUUUGCAGGACCGAGUGGCUGUCGUCACGGGUGGGCACGCAGGCAUUGGCAAAGGCACGUACAAAAUCACGGCUCAACUUCUCUGCCAUGGAAUAGCGAGAGUGAUCAUCCUCGCCAGAAGCCAAGACAAGUUCAUCACUGCCUGCAAUGAAUGGCGACAGAACCAGGCUAUCUCCCUCAGCGAAGAUGACCCUCGAGUCAAGUUUGUCAAGUGUGACUUGGGAGAUAUCGAGAAUGUCAAAGCUGCCACGGAGAAGAUUCAAGAAAUGACAGAUCGAGUCCACAUCCUGGUCUGCAACGCAGGUGAGAGAGUGUCUCUUUUUCCUUCCACUUACCGUUUCAGUGAUAUCUCACACAAACAUGAAGCUCUCGGUGUCCCCAAUGAAUACACCCGCUCGCCACAGAAUAUCGAGGGUGUCUUCGCGGCAAACUGCGUCGGCCACCAAGUUCUGACUACGUUGCUCAUGCCUCUGUUGAAGCAUGGCGUGGUAACAAUACGCAACGGCGAUGUCCGGAUCGUGGUCGCCAGUUCGUCUUUGCACUUGACAUGCCAGGAGCUUGAUCUCGAUCUUUUGACUUCGUCCUGCCGCAUCAAAUGGCCCGUCUUGUACGAUGGAGUUUGGCGAUAUGGCCGGUCAAAGCUCGGUAAUAUUCUGUUUGCAAAAGAGCUUAGUCGUCGGCUUUUGAAUGAUCGAGAUCCGGCUAGUAAGCAUAUCUAUGUCAAUUCUUUCUUCCCCGGAAAUAUUGUCACUGAUCAAUGGCUUGACUGGUCUUCUUAUUUUGGGUCGUUCCUCGGUUGGCUUAUGAGAUUGGGAGGCUCGUCUUGGGGCCAGACGUUGGAGGACGGGGCUGCGACAGCGUUGUAUCUUGCUGCUGCCACUGAAGUGAGAGAGGAGAAUAUACGUGGUCAGUACUUUAUACCUAUCGCUACGCUGUGUGAGCCCAGUUCGAUUGCUGGCGAUAUGAAGGUUUCAAGGGAUCUCUGGGACUGGAUUGAUGCUCAGGCUACCGAGACACUUGGGUUGGACUGGGAAUGGCAGAAUUAG